GAAACUGUGCACCAGGUGGUGUGGAGAACCGGAGGGUCAGAGCGGUACGUCUCCCCGCCCAUCCUGGGGGCACGGCGGGCAGUGGGAGAGCUUGGGUCAGCCCAGGCCCCCCUUCUUUCUUUAACUGUAAAACGGAAGCCGGGACCCCGGUCUGGGCCAAAGGGACGCUAUGAUCACAGGAUUCCUGUCCCUGCUUUGCCUCGGGCUCUGUCUGGGUUAUGAUGAUGAGCACAAGAAUGACACCCUCCCCAGGCCCUCCCUCCACGCCUCGCCGGGCUCCAUGGUUGGACGCGGUGGUAACGUGACCCUGAAGUGCCAGGGUCACUUGCAGAAUGUGACGUUCAUGCUGGGGAAGUGGCAGGACCCUGGGUACAGGCGGGAGCAGAGCUCAGCGGGACUCGAUGCUGAAUUCCUCCUCACGCACCUGCAGCCUGAACAUGCCGGGAUGUACUUUUGUGCCUACAAGACCACGGGCUCCCACGGGUGGUCGGAGAAGAGCGAGCACCUGCACCUGCAGGUCACAGACACCCUCCCCAGGCCGAGGCCCUCCCUCCACGCCUCGCCGGGCUCCGUGGUUGGACGCGGUGGUAGCGUGACCCUGAAGUGCCAGGGUCACUUGCAGAACCUGACCUUCAUGCUGGGGAAGUGGCAGGACCCUGGGUACAGGCGGGAGCAGAGCUCAGCGGGACUCGAUGCUGAAUUCCUCCUCACGCACCUGCAGCCUGAACAUGCCGGGAUGUACUUUUGUGCCUACAAGACCACGGGCUCCCACGGGUGGUCGGAGAAGAGCGAGCACCUGCACCUGCAGGUCACAGAUAACCAUGACAGACUUGGAGCUUCCUCAGCAAAAACAGACAGCAGGGUCAUCUUCGUCACCGCCUUCAGCUGCCUCGCCAUCUUCCUCCUCUUCCCCUCGGUCAUCCUCAUCUACAAGCGCACUCAGCCCGGCUCAUCCCAUGAAGAAUCCACCAAGAGAGCUAGACAUUCCAUAUUUCCCGAGGAGGAGGCCUCAGAUCUGCCCAAGCAGGAAAGGGCAUCGCUCUCGCUCCCGACUGAAGACCCCCAGGAAGGGACCGGUGCUGAUGGAAACAUCAAGACACCGUCCGAGGCAGCGGCAGCUUCUGUCCCGGCCGAGGAGCCCCCGGGGCCUGGUGACUGCGCCACGUUGGACGUGUAGGAGGCUGGCCGGAGCCUGGAGGAAGGACUUCUCCCCCGGGGAGGAGGGGGUUGGGGUUCAGGUGGCUGAGACGACUGGACAUAAAUCCGCACCACUCUGUCCUCGGCGCAUAAUCCAUACUAAUAAAAUUAAGUUUUUGGUUUGUUGUUGUUUUUCAAA